UGCCGCAAAGUGAAGAUGCUCCAGUAAGAAAUAAUUGAAAGUGCGCUAGAAUCUUGUUAUGAUCCUUUGGGAAUACCCCGAUUACACGAUAUGUAUGACUCGAUAUGCAUAUGUACGUAUAAUUUGAAACAAAAGAAAUAUCUCUUCUACAUAUAAGAGUAAUAUCAUGCAGCUAAGGUGGACACCUACUAAUGAAGUUACUGAUAAGUGCCUUUCUGAGAUAAAUUCAAGGUCUUCGAUCUCAUUCCUAUCAACAGCCUGGCGCACCUGCUAGAUCGGGUCUAGCAACCAGCGUUCACUCGACUUUCACCCACAACAUCUAAUCAAAUCAUCGCAUCCGAGCCCCAGGCGACCAUAGCAACGGGCGCGCACACCAUGAAGCUCUACGCCAUCGGAGAUCUCCACCUCAGCUACGAGUACAACAGGAAGGCGCUCGAGGAACUCGCGCCGCACCCGGAGGACGGGCUGAUCCUGUGCGGCGACGUCGGCGAGUCGGCCGACCACCUCGAGCUCGCGUUCCGCGCGGCGAAGCGCAACUUCAGGCAGGUCUGGUGGUGCCCCGGCAACCACGAACUGUACACGCUGGGCUCCUCGCCGCGGCCGCACCUGCGGGGCGAGGCCAAGUACGCGCGGUGCGUGGAGAUCGCGCGCGAGCACGGCGUGCUGACGCCCGAGGACGACUUCGUCGUCUGGGAUGGCGAGGUCAUCGUCUGUCCCGUCUUCACGCUCUACGACUACAGCUUCCGGCCGCCGGAUGUGGCGAGGGAGGACGCGCUGAAGUGGGCUGAGGAACGCGAUACCGUCGCUACCGACGAGUUCCUGCUGCAUCCGGACCCGCACCCGUCGCGCGACGAGUGGUGCCGCGUGCUCGUGCGCCGGUUCGAGGAGAAGAUCGAGGAGGCGAGGAAGGCGCACCCCGGGUUACGGACCGUCAUCGCGAAUCACUGGCCGCUGAGGGAGGACCUCGUGUUCAUCCCGCGCGUGCCGAGGUUCAGCCUCUGGUGCGGGACGACGCUGACGAAGGACUGGCAUACCAGGUUCGAUGCCAAGGUCGUGGUUUCCGGACACUUGCACGUGCCGCGCACGGAUUGGAAGGCGGGUGUCAGGUUCGAGGAGUGCAGUCUCGGGUACCCGAAGCAGUGGCAGGAUGUGAGGACUACUGGUAAGGAUAUAAAUGGCCUGCUCCGAGAGAUUCUGCCCGGUCCGCCGCCGCCGCCGGGGGGCGAGGCGGAGAUGAAGUGGAGGCGUUGGGGAUAAGGGGGGUAUGGUGUAUAUGAAGAAGAUGACAAGGAAGAAGGGGAUGAGUUAUGUGAUGUGUCAUAGGGGUGGGGCUUUCACGAGGCAGGCCUAAGCUACGCGAAUCAUGGAAGAUAGGAAAGGAGAGGGCAUGGUCAAUACAUAGCCGUCGAGGCAGGCUCUACAUGAUAAAUCAUUCGGCAGGGACGGUUAGAUUCAUUGGAGCCAUACUUCGUUAGAGGGUGCCGCAUACACAGGGAGAGGAUGGUCGGUUCAUAGAAGCUCUCUAUAGAUCAUCAACCAGUUCAUGGCUUUUCUUCAUACUCUUUUUUCCCAAUUGAUCACGUUGUCUAGAA